AUGGACUCGAUAAGAAUCUAGAAAGGCAGCCCUCGUGAUGUCCUCAGUUUGCAAUAGCAUCCAUGUAUUGAAGGACGGAAUACUUGUCGCUGACCAUGGAGACCAAUACAGGGCUAGCUGUAGUCGUAGUGUGUGCACUCGCAUCCCAAGUGUUAGCGGCACCGCUGGAGCAGGGAGACGCGGAGAACACUAACCAAGUACGCCCUCAGGUAGAACCCCCACAGAGUCCUUUGAACCUUGAAAAGGAGCUGAGGCAGCAACGACCAAAAGCGAAUGUGGUGAAUGUCCCCACGAACUAUUUACCGCCACCGCCACCUCCUCUUAUACCUCAAAAUGACGUCAUUUCCGAAGAAGCCAACACGAUGUUGGAUAACCUCAGUUUCGAAGAAAUAGUGGAGGACGUUUUAUCAACACUGAAGAAACACCCGGAAAUACUGAAGGAACUUGCACUAGAUGAAGAACAGAAAACAGGAAUAGCGAUUGACCAGAAUGAGGAAGACGGGGAUCUGCCUACGAACUACCAGAUGCCUUCUCCCCAGCUUCUCGAGAUGCCCAAACGCGUUGAGAAGAAAGCCGGUGGUCGGUACCAAGACUACAAGCGAGGAAGCAAACAUCCUGAUCAUUACUGGAAGCAGAAGUACGGUGGUAGCUCGUCAUCCGAUGAGUCUGACAGUGAUUCAGAGGAGUCAGGCGAAUCCUCCCAACAGUCGAUCAGCAAACCCUCCUCGUCUUCGUCGUCCUCAUCAUCAAGCUCGUCCUCGGAGGAAGCUUCCUCUGAAGAGUCCAGCCAGUCUUCAGAUGAGUACUCGAAUCACAUUCCACAGAAAAGAGUAAAGGAAAUACCAGAGGCGACUAUCGAUCUCUUGGCACUUCCUCAGGAAGGCGGAAGCAAAGUGAAUGCGGGAAGCAAGCGUUUCCAAGGGUCGAGGACACACAAGGACAAUGUCAGGACGUACACGGCAUGGACACCACCUGGAUCGUUAAACCCUCAGCAGAUGAGACCUGGUGCAGACAACAACAAGCUCAUCCUAGAGAGUCCCUUUAUGAACACACUCCCCCUGUUUCUUCCCGGAGAUCUGGCGGGAAACAAAAACAACCAGCUGUCACCUGAACACCAAGCCGAAAUGGAAGCUCUUGCACAGCUUGAAGCUGAGAACGAGUCUGAAGGCGAGAAUGCAAAGGAGGAGGAAGAGGAUGAAGAGGAAAACGUCCCAAUAAAAGAUAUGGAACAGUUGCAAUCACUUGAAAACAAGCAAAGGAAGAAGCAGGAAGCAAUGGCGAAGAAAGAGAACCCUUCAUCUGAAACAAACAAUGAACAGUCAGACGCGGACGAGGGAGAGCUGAUGGCUCUGGCCAAGGACGGAGGUCCAAAGUAACACGGAUUCUAUAUAGAAUUAUUUAAAUGACAGACAUGAGAAUAUAGAUUACAUAGGUGUUUACGGAUGUCUGUAUUUUAUGUCACCACCUUCUAAUGUUAUUGUGUUAAUUGGCUACAGAUUAAAUACCACCGUUCACCUCUCUGUUCCACUGUUCGUCGGCUGUAAUCGCACCAGAAUCCAUCUCAAUAUUUUCGACUCAGUUUAAAUAAUCUGUACCUUUUUUUAUAUAAAUCAAAUCUAUGGUGUCUAUAUGUAUUUUAUUGUGUCGUACUCAUAAAUACAUAUAGGUAACGAAACGGAAAUAAGUCCCAAAUACACACAAAGUAAUGUAUAUUGAUCAGUGAACUUUACUGAUAACUCUAAACCCCUGGUAUGUUAAUGAAAUACUCACUGUUAAACUUCAUGUGUUAGCUGGACAUAGGUUAACAAGUUCCGUGUAAUUCUAUAAUGUCAUUUUUAUCUAUAAAGACUGAUUUCUCUGUUAUUAUUUUCUGAAGUCAAUGGAUACUCUGUUUUGCCAUUUCCGUUCCGAUGAUGCCUAAUCGAUAGUAGGAAGUUAUACGCCCACUGCGAAAUGCAAUAGAAGCAAAGAUUGUCAAGUAGCUAUCUUUUAAGAACCUGUUAACAAAUAUUCUUUCCUCACAAAGAACGUUUCAGAAGAACAAGGAUUUUAUUGACCACGUCGACUGUUUUCAUCCUUUCGAUCUUGAAAUCGAUGACAAUGAAGACUCUUAUACAUCAGCCGCUUAUCUCGAUCAUUACUCAUGACCAGCGGAGUUACGUCUUCUAAGCUCUACGAUAAACGUGGCAAUUCCAAUGCUCUGCUCGUGAAAGUUCUCUUUCUUGACAGUAGCUCUAUGGUCUCUCCUUAUGACGACGUGUUAUGUUAAUUGAGUAUUGAAUGUUUGGUCAGGAUAUCACCUUUUUUGUCGAAAACUUACCACGCUGUUGCUUGUAGGGUGAAGUAAAAUUACGAGGCAGUUUUCUGUUUAAUACUAUCAGGAAAUGUUUUCUUUUGUUGAAAGCGUUUCUUUUGUUAACUUAAAAGCCUUGUGGUGACGGUGUCGCUAACUAAUCCAAUCUUUAAUAACGUUAUAUUAUUGGCAUUAACUUGAACAUGGCGUGUCUGAUGGAACACCUAGUAUUAUUGUCAUUGUCUUUUCCAAUGUUCUUUCUAUUGUUGAUAUUUUGCCCUCGCUGAAUCCAUUUUGAAUUCGAAUUACUUUUAUUAAUACGUCAGUAUUUGUUUAAUUUUAAUAUAUAAAACUACUCCGGGUUUCUAAUUUUUCCAAUGUGAUAUGUCACUAAACCAAUUUAGCAAAAUACAACUUCUUUUGUCAAUCAUCUUAACAUUUAUAUAAUUUACAUGUAUUAAUCAAGUAUAAAUAUAUUCUUCAUCACUGAAAUAUUCACUUUAAAAGCUACAUUUCUCUAUAUUCCUUAAAAUGUUAUUUGUUACGCCGAUACAUUCUAUAAACACCGUCUAGGUCCCCAAACAUCACUGUAUCACGACUUUGAAAUAUGUGUAAUGUGAAGUUCUAUAUUGUAUUGGUUUUCUAGGAAAUGUGUAAAGCCAUUGUGGCUUCAGUGUGUGUCCCUGGAGAUGUAACUGUUGUUAAACGUCUGGAUAUCGACACUAGCCAUUUGUUUGAAGUAGCUUGGUCGCCCACACAUUCUCAGCUAGACGAUCAUAUAACGGUAUCCGGUGACUUGGCCUGCCGUGUUUCAACCCCGUCAUAUGAUACCUACUAUACAGAGGUGUUACUUCGCUUUUUUUUUUGGUGUUUUUCGUCUACACAAGUAUAAAGGGAUAGUUCCUAUUGUCAGUAAGGUAAAGUAUCAGUUUGAUUUUGAAACCGAAGAUAAUCCCAUUUUCACGAUUAAAAUGUCAAAUGAUAUUGAGUUCGUUUUAGGCUUAAUUAUAGAUCAAAAGGGGUCCUUACAUUAAUGUAAGAGAUACCAGUCAUUAUUAAAGACAUUUUCUUUCAAAACAGUAAGGUGAAUUAUCCACUGUAAAUCUGUGGGUUGUACAUCAAGGUAUAUAGGAUGACAGUUAUUUAAGUGAAAGUCUGAGGAGAGAAAAUGUACCAAUCCGAACGUUUCUUGACUAUUACUGAUGGGAAAAAAGAUAAAUACAGUAUCCGGAAGUUGGUGGACUAUGGUUAGAUACGGGAUCCGGAACUUUGCGGACUUUAUUUCUUGUGGACUAUGGUUAGAUACGGGAUCCGGAACUUUGCGGACUCUAUUUCUUGUGGACUAUGGUUAGAUACGGUAUCCGGAAGUUUCCGAACUGUUACUGGUGGGUUAUGGAUACUAUUACUGGUGGGUUAUGGAUACUAUUACUGGUGGGUUAUGGUUAGAUACGGUAUCCGGAAGUUUCCGAACUAUUACUGGUGGGUUAUGGAUACUAUUACUGGUGGGUUAUGGAUACUAUUACUGGUAGGUUAUGGUUAGAUACGGUAUCCGGAAGUUUCCGAACUAUUACUGGUGGGUUAUGGAUACUAUUACUGGUGGGUUAUGGUUAGAUACGGUAUCCGGGAGUCCCGAGGAGCUGGAUUUGCUAUAAUGGGGAAAGUGACAACUGAGGAUUGUAAUGUUCGAGAAUACAUUGUAAAUAGGAAAUAAGGCUGUGCCCAUGUUGUACAUAAAUGCGUUUCGACCUGUUUGCCUUUUUGUAUUAUUUGUAAAAUAAAAUGUUUAUGUUUGUUAACAUCUU